GUAAAGAAAAUUGUUUUGGCGGUGACUGUUGGAAGGUCGGUGGUUUGGAGGAAGAAGGAUGGCGUGAGUGUUUCGGCCGGGUCCCGCUAGAGGACUCAUCAGUAAGGUUUUUGUAGCGGGUUCUGCCUUAGACUUUGGGAUGUGGGAAGGACGGACGAAGUUUGUAUAAUAUACAAACUGAGGCAGAUCGGUCACGUGCGGGAAAAGAAAAUCCAUUUGCUGACGAGUCUGGAGGUAGCCGUCACAGUGUGUUCAACGUUGCAUAAAUCUACGAAAAAAUGGUGGCAAAACAGAAAAAACUUAAAAUUAGUGCAAUUAAAAGGAGCAAUCAGAAAAGGACCAAACUUAUGAAACAAGGAAAACUUAAAACAAGGCGACAUAAACCGAAAAAACAAGUUCAAAAAGUAGUACAAUCACAUCCAGAAUCAGUGGAAGAAGAAGAGAGUGAUCAUGGAGAAGAUCUUUUGAAUAUGGUCGAAGAAGAUGACUUAGAAUUUUUGGAGAAAGCUAUCUCUAAUAAAUCCUAUAAUUUAUUGAAACAUAUACAUCUAAACCAAACAGAUAAUAGAAAAGAUAAAAAAAGGAAAAGUAACGGAACACUAGAGGAAUUAUAUGAAAAUAAUGUUUCAAAAAUAGCUGAAGAAAAAGGAAACAAGAAAGUUCGUCUACUACUUCCUACAAAAACUCAAAAUGGGAUUAUAGAAAAAAGAGUAAUAGAAGUUGAUGAUAAAGAUAAAGAAAAUGAGUCUAAUGAGGAACAAAAUGUAGAAGAUGAGAAUGUGGAAGGAGAAGUAGAGAAUGAAGUUAAAGAUGAAGGUGAAAAUAAGAAGCCUGUGUCUAUGAUUGAACUCUUAGCGUGUCGUAGAGAAGCACUAACAUCAAAACGUUUAAAAAUUGGUUUACUUGCUAGUACUCUUUUAGAAACACCAGAGCAUAAAUCUGAUAAUUUCAAAGCUUUGCUAGAUUUUAUGGAAGAAUCAGAUCCAGAAGUAUACAUUACUGUUAGAAAAUUGGCAACAGUAUCUUUGUUAGAAGUCUUCAAAGACUUAUUACCGUCUUAUCAUAUUCUACAAGUUCAGCAAGAGGGUGUAAAAUUAAAGAAGGAUACAUUGGCACUACAAAAUUAUGAAAGCACUCUAUUAAGAAAUUAUAAACGUUAUCUGCAAAAAUUAGAAAAGAUGUCUGGUGUAUUACGAAGAAAAAAAGGAGAUACACGACCAUUAAAAGAAGAGGAAAUUGAAUUAGGAAAGCUUGGAAUAACGUGCAUGUGUAGUAUUUUAACGACGCAUCCUUACUUUAACUACUCCAUUAAUAUAGCCAAUUUUUUGAUACCGUUUCUUGAUAAUAAACUUGAAUUUGUGAGACAAGAAGUGGUUAAAUGUAUUUCUCAAAUAUUCAAGGAAGACAAACGAGCUGAAUUGUCUCUUACAAUCGUACGUAGACUAAAUCAGUACAUAAAAACAAAAGCUCACUCUGUUCAUUCUGAAGUUCUAUUUGUACUUUUAUCUCUUCGUAUAAAAGAUGUGAAUUUGGAUAAAGAGAAAGAGGAGGAAAGUAAGCAAAGAAAACUUAUGUCUCACAAACAAAGAAUUCUUGCUUUAAGUAAACGAGAGCGAAAAAAGAGUAAAAAGCUUGAACAAGUAGAAAAUGAGUUGCUUGAAACCAAAGCAGAAGAGAAUAAACACACUAAACAGAAACUCCUUACUGAAAUUACUAGCAUAGUGUUUACUAUUUACUUUAGAAUAUUAAAGCAAACACCUAAUAGUAAAAUUCUGUCCAUUUGUCUGGAAGGCCUUGCAAAAUUUGCACAUUGCAUAAAUUUGGAGUUUUAUCAGGAUUUAGUGACUGUUAUAAAUAAAUUGAUGGAAGAAACGAAUUUGAGUCUAAGAGAUCAAUUGUAUUGUAUACAAUGCGUAUUCACAAUAUUAUCAGGUCAGGGAUCGGCAUUAAAUCUCGAUCCUUAUAGGUUUUAUGUACAUCUAUAUAAAAAUUUAAUAAAUAUCCAUUGUGGUAAAACUCAUCCAGAAUCAGAGAUUCUUAUAAAAGUUUUAGUACAAGUUUUAAUUCAAAGGAGAAAAAGAAUCACGCAAAAUCGUUUAAUAGCGUUUCUAAAAAAAAUGGCUAUUGUGUCUUUACAAUCUCAGCAUAACACAGCACUCAGCAUUCUUGGAAUAAUAAAACAAAGUAUGCAGCUUGGAAAAACUGCGAAUAUUUUGCUAGACACAGAUUGCAGUACUGGAGAUGGCUUUUAUCAACCAGAAUUAGAAGAACCUGAAUGUUGUAAUGCACACUGUACAGCAUUGUGGGAACUCGCAGCUUUGCAACGGCAUUAUCAUAGCGUCGUCCAGAAUAUAGCGAAAAAUAUAGCUUGGGGUGUACCAUCCACUGGGGAAGGUAGUUUAUCCCCUGAAAUUUCAAAAUUAACUCCAGAAGAACUGUACACUGAGUAUGAUCCUACUGGUGUUGCAUUCAAACCAGCUGUACCAGUUCCCAAGAAGACAACUAGAAAGAAGACAAUAGCGACACAUCAUUUUGUUAACAGUCAAUUCGGAGAUUACGUUAAUAGCGUAAAUAACUCUGAAUUGUUUGCAGACGGAUACGUAGAUUUUUAUAAUGCAUAUUGCAGUUAACAUUACCUACAAUACAAAUUACAAAGAAUGAAAUGAGCAAUAUAUUAUUUUAAACCGUGCAUACUUUGUAAAUAUUUAUUUACGAUCUUCAAAAUUCUGUACGCAGCUAUGAAAUAAGUAGCAUUUCGAAGUAAAUAAAUUAAACAGCAAAAUUUUAUUGUACUAGAAGAUUCGACAAUGAAACAAAUGUACAACAAUAAUCGUGAUUCACAUUUUCAUAAACCAUUGUAUUUACAAUGCAUAUACAGUUAUUAUCACAAUCGAUAUAAUUCAAAAUUAAAUUAUGUUAAUUGAUUUCUAAAAUUUAAAAUAACUUAUUAAAAUAAAUUCAUAAUAAAUAGCUUGUUUUUUAACUAAAAGUAUUAGAAUCAUUGUGUGAGAACAGGCUAGAUAUACGUAUUUGUUGGAAACUUUUUCCUAAAAAAAGAAACUUAAAUCGUUCUCAACUCUUUAUGAAAUGUAUGUAGUAAGAAAAUGUUAAUACAUUAAUCCUAGAAUAUUUUAUAAGAUUGGCAUAAGAUAAUAUUUCUUUGCAUAGAUAAAUUUGAAAUUAUAUAAAAGAUUGCUCACUAGUAGUUUUUUAUCUGUAAAAUGCAUUCUAUACAGUAUCUGUGAAAAUCCAUGGAACAUCCCAGUAGCAUUGCAUUUUUAUUACAUUCAUACUAUAAAAUAAGGAACAAUAUACGAUUAAUUAUUAUUAAAGCUGUUUAACCAA